AUGGCUGACAAAGUUCUUGAAAUCGAUCCAAAACUGGAAAACGACGAAACAAAGUCGAAGGAAAUGAAAAAUACUGAAACAAAGGAAAUCGACGCAAUCACAGCGCAUUCCAAGGAAAUUGAGGAAGAGACCAAAAAGUUGGAACAGUUGCAGUCUCAUAUAAACAAACUGAUGGGAUUCACUUCAGAGCUAAAACCUAUCCGGACGGCCGCGGAGAAGUCGGAAAUUGAUGCUCGUUCCGUCUACGUUGGGAAUGUCGAUUACGGCGCGUCGGCUGAGGAACUAGCCGCCCACUUUCGUGAAUGUGGAGCCAUUAAUCGUGUGACGAUUAUGCGCAACAAGGUCACUGGGCGUCCGAAGGGAUUUGCUUACAUCGAGUUCGGUGCCAAGGAAUCCGUCAAGGCUUCGCUCGCGUUGAACGAUGGGUGUUUCCGUGGAAGGCAAAUAAAAGUAAAUCCCAAGCGUACCAAUCAACCGGGAAUGUGUACUACCAAUCGAAUCCCUCGUGGAGCGCUGGGAAGCGCACCGUGGGGUUCAAAACCAUACGGUCACGGAAUGCAUCCGGUAGUGCGAAGGCCACUUCGUGGGUUCCAAGGCAGAACGAAUUCCUAUGCUCCUUACUAG